AUGGCGCGCUUCGUGCCCCGCGACACGUUCAGCAUCCCGUCCUCGGUCCCAAAGACCUACUUCCUGGGCCACCACCACGCCGGCGCAAACAAGAUCAAGACGCUCCUCUCGAGCAUAUCCCUCGUCCUUGAAUGCCGUGACUUCCGACUACCCCUCUCCACGCACAACCCGACGCUGGAGCGCACCAUCGCCGGCCGGGACCGCCUUCUCGUGUACACCAAGUGCGACCUGGGCACCGACACGCCCGGCGCGCGCAACACGCUGAGACGGCUGCACGGCGACAAGGUAGUCUUCUGGGACAAGACCAAGCCCGCCACCACAGACGCGCUACUGAGACGGCUCAAGCGCACAGCCGAGGCCCAAGACUCGCUGACGGGACUGCGCGCCCUGGUCGUGGGCAUGCCCAACGUCGGCAAGAGCACGCUGCUCAACGCGCUCCGGAAGGCCGGCACACCGGGGAAGAAGGCAAAGGCCGCCAGGACAGGCGACCAGGCCGGCGUGACGCGCAGGGUCGGGACGGCCGUGCGCGUCGUCGGGGGCGGCGUCGCGGGCGGCGUCCUGGUGCUCGACACGCCGGGCAUCUUCCAGCCCUACGUCGAGGACGGCGAGGCCAUGGUCAAGGUCGCCCUGGCGCACGGCGUCAAGAAGGGCCUCGUGCCCGACGAGCUGCUCGCCGACUACCUGCUGUUCCGCAUGAACCGGUGGGACCCCCAGCUGUACCGGCGCUACUGCGAGCCGACAAACGACGUCAACGAGUUCCUGACGGCCGUGGCCCGGCGCGACGGCAAGCUCAAGGCCGGCGGCGCGCCCAACUGGCACGAGGCCGCGGCGAGGGUGCUGUCGCAGUGGCGCGACGGCAAGCUCGGCAGGUACGUGCUGGACGAGCUGGGCGAGGCCGACAUUCGCGCCCACGACCUGGCGCUGGCGCACCCGGCGCUGAGCUUGCACCAGGCCAAGAAGGCACACAAGGAGGCGAGGAAGCAAGAGCGACUGGGAGACUAA